AUGCGCUCAUCUGUUCACCUUCCCGCUCUACAGCUGGGUGAGAAUCAGUCCUUGAAAAAGGCGGACGAGUGGCGCCGUCUCCUUACCAUCACACCAGUUCUCCUAUGGGUAUGCUGGAAGGAUGAACACGAUCGCAUUCCGAACAUCGAGCCAACUAUCCCGCCUAAUGCAAAAACACGACCAACACAUUCUCGAAACUGCAAGGCGCUCUACUUUGCCAUUCUUUUACUAUGUGCUGGUGUCUGUAUGCUCGUGUCGCGCAAGAUCUCCAUGUCACAAGCACGUAUUGGUCAAGACUUUCUAACACAAUACAACCGCACUCUGCAGCAGCUGGGCAUCGACCUGACUAUUAACAACCAUCUGUCGACACAUUUUGCAAAGUUUAUCAAGCUCUAUGGGCCCGUAUAUGGCUGGUGGUUAUUUCCAUUCGAGCGCUUCAAUGGGAUGUUCGAGAAAGUCAAUACCAAUGGCCACGAUGGUGGUCGCAUGGAACUCACGUUGAUGCGAUACUGGGUUCGAUGCCAUCUAAUCUACGAAUAUCUACUUGCUCUGCCUGCGAACGCUUAUACAAAAGAGCGUGAGUACAUCGAGGCAGUCAUCAAGUCGGAAGGAUGCAGUGAACGUGGAGGUAUGAUGACGGAGCUUGCUAUCUAUCGCAGUGAGGCGACCACAGAUCGAGUCAAACUGCCCAGAGUACUGGGGAAGCAUAUCAAUCUGCGCAUUUUUCUUGGUCCAGGAACUGGCGGUAUCUACUGCCUUGCUCUCGACUAUUGUCAACGCUUAUAUCCAGAUCUUCAUCUUAUCGACAACCUUUCGCUCGAUCACGGAACAGCUUUUGUUGCGACCCGAGUGGCCCGCAUGUUAACUUACAUCCAUCGCUAUGCAUUUAUUGUGGAUAAAAACACAAAUGAGCAUUGCCCCGUCGAGAUCGCAGCCCUUUUGGGUAUCAAGGUCGCGGAAAAGGCACUGCACGUUUGUGUGGUCAUUCGUCGGAUGGUCUCAGAUGAGGAUAUUCCCCCAUUCCCAUGGUGCACGUAUUCGGAUCUCCUCGGGAUUCACGUGUCCUAUGCCAACCGCUUCCACGGUUACGAGAUUGUACCUGCGGUAGCACUCGACGCACCUCUUGCACUCAUUCCGAUCCAUUCUGAGCGCAUGGGACAAGAACUAUGGGCCUCUAUUUCAUUUGAUCAUACGGGAAAUGAGCUGGAGGUUAUGGACGACGACGACGAGGUGUAG